GUUGCGCGCGCCGUACCACCAAGCGCUGCUUUCAAGGAGAGCGAGCAUUCUACCUCUGGCAUUUCGAUGAGCACUGUCUUCGUUCCCACCACAGCUUGCUCUUUGAGGGUUUCUGCCCUGAAGAACAAGUGGUACUUGACCCUCGCUGCACAACUAGUCUGCAUAAUAACUAGAUGCAAGAAGGAUAUUGUACCUCACACGAAAGAAAACUGUUCGCGCAACUGAAUGAGAACAAUCACCUCGAGUUUCGCAUCUGAUUGAUAGAGUUCGCACCAAUCUUGCACGCAACUUUAGCCGGGACGGCGGCGAGCUGGGACCCCGGAGCAACCUGGUGUUGUAUACGAAGAAAAAAUGUCCGGCAAAUAAUGCAUAUUCUAUUUUGAGCCAUCCCGUCCUACCCCUCCCGCAAUCUAGACUUAAGAGGGUUGGCGCUGUUGGCAAAGCGCUGUAAAACACGCCACCCCAAAUAUAGCUCCCAUAGUAUGCGCUACCAAGACGCGUGACGCAUGGAUGCGUGGAGUGAGGAUUUCUUACGGAAACCUCACAGGUUGAGUGAUGUGGGAGAUUGCCGGACACAUAGAUGUGUUGAGUGAUUCUAGCCGAAUACUGAAACCCCAAGGGCUGAGUGAGGUUUGAGAUUGCCAGACACAUGGACGGGUUGAGUGGGGAUAGCUGCAUAAUGAAACCCCACGGGUUGAGUGAUGUUGGAGUGCCGGACACAUAGACGCGUUGAAUUACGAUAGACACAUAUUGAACCUCACAGGUGAUUUUAUUGGAGAUUGAGAGACACCUAGACGUGUUGAGUGAGGAUAGCUGCAUACUGAAACCUCACAGAUGGAUUGAUUGCCAGACACAUGGACGGGUUGAGUGGGGAUAGCUGCAUACUGAAACCCCACGGGUUGAGUGAUGUUGGAGUGCCGGACACAUAGACGCGUUGAAUUACGAUAGACACAUAUUGAACCUCACAGGUGAUUUGUAUUGGAGUUUGCUGGACACAUGGACGUGUUGAGUGAGGAUGGCUGUAUACUGAAACCUCACAGAUGGAUUGGUUUUUGAGUUCACCAGACAUGUAGACGCGCUGAGUGGGGAUAGCUACAUACUGAAACCUCACGAGUUGAGUGAUGUUGGAUAGUGCCGGACACAUAGACGCUUUGAGUGAGGAAAUACACAUACUGCAACAUCACAGGUGAUUUGUAUUGGAGUUUGCUGGACACAUGGACGUGUUGAGUGAGGAUAGCUGCAUAGUGAAACCUCACAGAUGGAUUGGUUUUUGAACAUGUAGACGCGCUGAGUGGGGAUAGCUACAUACUGA